CUCUCUGCUUCAGUUGACCAGCGUCGCAACUGGGCGAUGCACCUCCAGAAAAACCUCCGCCUUAUUAUCUGUGGACGACUUCAAAUUCACAUCACUCAAACCCGAGUGACAGUAUUUCUUGUGUUUGUUUUCCUUUGAAUCGUUUUUCUUCUUCUUCUUCUAAUUUUUAGCAGUGUAAUUUUGACAGAACUAUUUCUUCGACAAGGUUUUUGGUUACCUACCUGAAAACUGACCACUUUAUUCAUUGCAGAGACACUAAUUCUAUUUUUUUUUUUUUUAAUCUUUAAAGAGAACCGGUUUGCAACUGGUAGCUCACUGGGAGAUGUUACAAGGAGAGCCACACAAACAGGCUUGAUUUUUAAAUUUUAUUUUUUAUUUUUUCUCGAAGACAUCGACAGCAUCUCCUAACAAACCACAGAAGCAACGGAGGCGCUCCUAAAAGGGCACCAGUCUUCAGCAGCCAUGCUUUCUCUGGACGAGCCGCUGGACCUGAAGCUUCCCUCUGGACGAACAGGCGGUCCUGUGAAGUUUGGAAAGAGGUCCUGUCCCUCAUCAAUCUGUGCUCCUAUCCACGCCUCACGGCCACGCCUGCAGUGCACCACCUUCCCAUCGCCGCCCUCCUCACCAGAUUCCCAGUCUUCUCAGGAGCGACCCGGCUGCUGCUUCACCCCUCCAGCCAUGGACCUCAGCAUGUCCCCGUCUUCUCAGCGGGCCCUCUCCCUGUCUCCAUCUCCGUCCUCCCCCUCGUCCCCCUGCCCUCCCUCGCCCCUGGAGUCCCCUCGCAGCAGCAGCAGCAGCAGCAGCAGCAGCAGCCCGCAGCCUCACCUCUUCUCUCGGGAAGCGUCUUGGCAUCACAGUGUUGAAGGUGGAGCCUCCCAGCCCGGAUUUCCAUUCUACUUCCCCAUGAGGAGCCUGCAGAGGGGCUACGGCUUUUCCUCCUCCGUGUUCAUCGGCCAGCACAGAGAGAAGGCCGUUUCCCCCGAGCCCUCACAGGAAGGUCAGCUGGCCUGUCGGUGGAAGAAGUGUCGCCUGCUUUUCGACUCACUCCAGGAGUUGGUAGAUCACAUUAACGACUUCCACGUCAAGCCUGAGAAAGACUCUGGGUACUGCUGCCAGUGGGAGGGCUGCGCUCGCAACGGGAGAGGCUUCAACGCCAGGUACAAAAUGCUGAUUCACAUCCGCACCCACACCAACGAGAAGCCGCACCACUGUCCCACCUGCAACAAGAGCUUUUCACGUCUGGAGAACCUGAAGAUUCAUACCCGCUCCCACACAGGCGAGAAGCCCUACAUUUGUCCAUAUGAAGGCUGCAACAAACGCUACUCCAACUCUAGCGACCGCUUCAAGCACACGCGCACCCAUUACGUGGACAAGCCUUACUGCUGCAAGAUGGCGGGCUGUUUGAAACGCUACACGGAUCCCAGCUCACUGCGGAAGCACAUCAAGGCCCACGGCCACUUUGUCGCCCAGGAGCCGGGUCCUUCUCCCAGGCUGCGGACUGGAAUGGGGCUGGGGUUCUCUGGGCACCAAAACACCGCCGAGCUGUCCUCCGUAGGCGGGGGGCACGUCAUCCUUCCAGGAACAGCAGCAGCUCUUCUCGGCGGCCUUGGAACGUCCUUGCCCCUCUCUGCUCUCUGCCACUCCAGGGCCUUGGAUCACCACGGAGCACCCAUCUUCUCCAUGAGUGGAGGCGGCCGCUGUGGGAUCAGUCCCCUCGGCCUUUCCGAUUCUGCGCUGUUGCACCUCAGGCUCUCUGCUGCGUCUAUCCUGGGGCUGGGAGCUCUGGGAGGUCUGGGCCGGAUGACAGGAAAUGAGUCAGAGGGGGACAAUGAGAACGAGGGGAAAAAAGAGGGCGAGGCUCUUAACCUGUCUGUCGGAGAGGGACCCAGACCGGGGGAUUCUUUGUCUUGGGUGAUUGUUCCCUCAAACACGUUUUUCCUAAAGCCAACAGCUGUUAGUUAAGCUGUGAGAGCCACCGUGAACAUCGCAGCUUUGGAGGAGCAUUGUGGAUUUUUGCAUCAGAUUUUAAUGCAACCCAAUGACAUCUGAGCAUGGACUUGAUUGCACAUUUAGAAAACUUGUGAGAUUUGGAUGAACUUACUCGGUUACGGCAUAGUGCAAACAUUUCAGACAUGUCUGGACAAGAAUGUUUUCAAGAAUACAAGAGGGAGUUCUCUUUGAGUUUGCCUUCAAAGCAGCAUCAAUUCCCAAAAGUACACUUGCACAUGGUUUUUAAAGGGGCAGUAUUAUAUGUUUUCCAUGUAAAUAAUGCCAUUUUAUAACACAAUCAAGUAACUGUGUUAACUUCAGUUGUUACAAAAAAGCUAUAUAUAUAUAUAUAAUAUCAACUGCAUCAAUUAUCAAUUAUGACUGGAAAAAAAUUUGACUUCGUAAUUUCUCACCUUUAUAUUUUUGAAAACAUUCUAAUUACAUUUUUUCUGAACCUGUCUAUAAUAUUUGCACAGUACCGUAUAUCCCUUCCCUUUACUUGAUUUUCUUAUGAUUUCCAGUUACAUUUAUCACAGACGUUUGCCUGACAAAUCGUCUGCGUCUUUGCACUUACAAAACAGUGGCAAAACACUUGCAAUAUAGUUACAGUAUGGAAUUUAUCUGGGAGUAAAAAGAAAAAGCAAAAACGCACCACGUGACAAAAAGGUACUUUUGUAGCAUCAGUUACUUAAGUUAAUUGAUUAUUUUGUCAUUCAAAUUGAGCAGAUUUGAAUUACCGUAACAUCCAGACUACUGAGAGCAUCCGAAUGAAAGACACGCCCACUAACUUUGAAGAACAAAAGAAAAUGUCUGAAAAGGUUUGUUGACGCUCUCAACGUCAAUUUGGUCUCAUGCCAUCCUCUUCAUCACGCAGCAGUCCAGCCUUUCGAAACCCUUUGGUUAAAUAUUAGCUGCAUCUCGGUGUUCAAGCGAAAAAAAGUAUCUGCUGUAGAAACUACAGUACUUUUAAAAGGGGAAAAUGUAAUAUUCAUGAGAUAGGUUGGAGAUUAAUCGGGAGAUCAGUGCGUUUACAUCUUUACAACUUUUAUAAAUCUAAAUUUUCCAUGUGCUACAGAACACCUGUGCCAUGGUAACAGCGCGUCUUUGGUUUUUGUGUCAAACAAAAGCAGCUGUGUGUGAAAUGCUCACCUUAGCGCCUUAUUAGAAGGAAACUAAUUAGCCCUCUGGAGAGUCCCAGAAGGUCUAGUUAAAUAUAUAAUUUAUGAUUAACUCAACUAGAUGCUCGACUGACCUAUCAGUACUCCUACUGUGGAUCUCAGCUGCAUCGUUGCUUAGUUUCUCUUACAGCUCGGAAUCGAAUUGGCACAUUUUCAUAAUGGCGAGUCAGAAACUGCAUCAUUAUACAGACGACAUUGUGAUUUUCUUUUCUUUUUCAGAUCACAAGCAGGAAAAUAAAAUGAUUUGACGCAACUGAAUGUAGGGUUAUGGCUAACUCCUGUAUUUAGGGAUAAUUUUUUUAACAAUAGCUUAUUUGUCGCCGCAUUCAAAGACAACGAUCUAGGCAGGAUCAGCCCAGCAUCUUUUCAACGACAGAUUGAUCAUCAAGAAAGACAAAGGUGUGUGUGUGUGUAAAUGCACAUCUGCUUCAAGUGACUGUUAAUAUGAAGAAAAGCAGAUUCUAAGACACUGAAGGAUAUCUUGAACAUCCUCAGAGUGUAAAAAAACAAGCAAUCAACCACAUUAAAACCCAUCUGCAUGUAGUUGCAUGUUAGGAAUUUUGAUGUUUCACUUAAAUCAGCACACACUGCCAGUGUGCCCAAAGUUGUACUGCUAAUACUAUCGCAAUUAUUUACUUUGUCUGUUGAAAUGGGUACAUUUUAUUAUUAUUUUCCUUUCUUUUGUUCAAAUAUAGGGAAUAAUUUGAGGCACCAGUUACAACGUAUGCAAUGCCAAAGAUGCUAAAAGGAAGAAGGAAACAUUUCUUUUUCUUAAAAAAAAAAAAAAAAAGAACAGUUCGACAAUGGCCACAGGCGGCCAGUAUCUGCGCUCAUUUAUCCUGUUUGCACAUGAUUUUACGGUAACCAGUAUAUCAAACGUUUUCCAAGUGCCUUGUGUUUCAUCUGAAUUAUAUAAACUGAGAAUUAUUUACUCACGUGUACAAGUGUUGAAGUUUCUUUUCUUUUUUAAAAAUCUGACAGCAGAUGUUAUCGAGACAUCAGGGCCCUUUGCAACACUUUUCAUCGACAACAAAUGUUUUUGAUGAUCUGUCAAUAAAAACAUAGAAAGAAAAUCAAAA